AUGAGAUCACUGUUAAUAUCAAGUGAAUCUUCAGUUGAUAAAAAAUAUGAAUUCACAAUUCCUGUAUCAUUAACUGUUGCUGAAUUGAAAGAAAAAAUUGCUGCAGAAUCAGAAGUCCCUGCUGAUAGACAACGUUUAAUUUAUUCAGGUCGUGUCUUAAAAGAUCAAGAUGCUAUAGAAGUUUAUAAAAUCAAAACUGGUCAUACUAUCCAUUUAGUUAAAAGUGCAGGUGCUAGACAAUCAACUCCUAACACUACAAGUAGUGCUACACCAUCAACAACAGCAAAUGCAGGAUCAAAUGACACUACUACCAAUUCAUCUGCUCAAUCUGUACCUUCAAAUAUUGCAUCUGGUCAAGGUGCUUUCAAUCCUUUAGCUGGGUUAACAGGUGCUCGUUAUGCAGGCCUAGCUCAACUACCUUCAGAGUCAUUAUUUGGACCAGAUGGUGGUAUGGGUGCCUUACCUAAUGAAGACGAGAUGGAAAGAAUGAUGGAAAAUCCAAUGUUUCAAUCAAGCAUGAAUGAAUUAUUAAGAAAUCCUCAGAUGUUAGAUUAUAUGAUUGAAUCAAAUCCACAAUUACGUAGUAUGGGUCCUCAAGUUCGUCAAAUGAUGCAAAGUGAUCAAUUUAGACAAAUGAUAUCAAAUCCUCAAAUGAUGAGACAAAUGAGAGAAAUGCAAAGAAUGUUUGGUGGUGGUCCACAACAACCAGCUAGUUUCCCAGCACCAGGUGAAAACCCAACUACAGAAUCAUCAGAAACUAAUAGAGAAUCAAAUACUGGUAACACUACUAAUUCCAAUCCAGCAGCUAAUCCGUUUGCUGCUUUAUUUCCAGGUGGUGCACCACCAGCUAAUCCAUUUGCAUUAUUUGGUAACCAAGGUGCUGGUGGCGCCGGUGGACAAAAUGCUGGUGGAGCUGCAGCUUUUGAUCCAACUCUAUUACAAUCCAUACUUGGCGGUGGUGCUGGUGGUUUUGGUGGUAAUGCUUUUGGAGGUGCCCCACAACAGGAAGAUACCAGACCUCCAGAAGAAAGAUAUGAAUCUCAAUUGAGACAAUUGAAUGAUAUGGGAUUCAGCGAUUUCGAUAGUAAUGUUCGUGCAUUAAGAAGAAGUGGUGGUAGUGUUCAAGGAGCUGUUGAGAACUUACUUUCAGCGCAAGAAAAGGAGACCGGUGUACCAGCUCCAGCUCCAAAGGUAGAGAGUGAAACAACACAAAAAAUUGAUAUCAAAUCAUUACGAGAAAUACCCACGAAAAUAAGGCAGGAUGAAUUAGAUCCCAUGGAACUUCUAACACAACGAGCCAUCGCGUUACAUCUCAAGUCAUUAGAUAUAAAUUUCACAAAGAGCGCACUAGAUGACUUAUUUGAUCUUGUGACUCAGUACAUUGAUGGUUUGCUACAUGGGUUACAAAAAAUAACACAAACACAAAGAAGAUUCAAAGCUUCACCAAAAGAUCUGAGGUUACUCUUAAGAGACUAUAACAUAAGCACAGGUGAAUUAGAGGAUGAACUAAUACGCUCUAAGAAAUCAGACAACAAAGUAGUGGGUGAGAGAAAAGGAUUGGAAGAUUUGGCUAAAAGAGCAAGACCUGAACAUGAAGAAGUGGUGGAAGACAUUGAUAUUCAAGAUCCUUCAUUUGUUUUCUUUGCAAUUGACCAAGAUUUAACAAAAUUAAUACCGGCACAACACAAGAGAAAUGAGAUAAUUCCAGAAUGGCUACCGGAUUUUCCACCAGACCAUACCUAUAGAAAGUCUCCUAAAUAUCUGGAUAGAAUAUCAGACCAAAAAUUGGUUAGACAAAAGUUAGUUGAAGAGAGUAAAUUUGGUGAAAAUGCUAUAGAAAAUUUGUUGAAACACAAUAAAAAGAGUGACAGAGUGGAAGAUAUUGACAUCGAGGAGUCAGAAGAAGAUAAAACGGAGGAAAUUAAAGAAGAGAAACCAUUGGAAGAAAACGGAGAGGGUAAAGUCGAUAUAUGGAGUGCUAAUGAAAAGAAGUUUGAUAUAAUUGCAUAUACGUCUGCCAGACUAAAAUUUUAUGAAACAAAGAAAGCUGAAAGGGAAAAGAAGUUAAAGAAAGUUGAUAGUGAAUAUUUUGAAAUUGUGGAUAAACUCUCUGCAUAUGGACAGGAUGAAAAUAAUGAAAACGUUUCACCGGAAAUUUAUUUAGAGAAAGAGUUCAAAAAAACACUUUUUUCACUACAAAACUUGAAGAAAAAGAAAGCUAAGAGACAAAUUGAGAGGCAGCAACUACAAGAAGAAGAAGAUAAAAGAAGAGAUGAACUCAAAGCCCAAAAAGCUGCUGAUGUUAACGAUUUUGAUAAUUUUGAUAAUUUCGAGAAUUUCGAUAAUUUUGAGAACUUCGAAGCAACUGACAUUGGCGGUGAUCCAGCUAUAACAUUUGAAGGGGCAAAUGAAGAGCCAAAAGAUGAAGCCAUGCAAGAAGAUCUCAUAAUAGAACAGACAGGUAACAAUACUCAAGAAACAAAUGUUGAACAACCCGAACCAACAACUUCGCAGAUUCUAAAGUCAACACCAGAAACUAGCGAUAGACAAUCAGAAGGUGAGUCACAUAAUCAAGAAAAUUCAAUUGAACCUAAUGGUAACUCUAUAGAUAUGAGCAGUGAACAACCAAACGGAAAAGAUCCGAUUCUGAGUGAAAACAAUCAAGAGGAUUCAAGUAACAUUAACACAAGUCAACUUCCAAGUACUGCGCCUGUUCCUGAAGAUGAUGAUGACGAAGAUGAAGAUGAAGACAUGUUUGAUGAUGUGCCAAUUUGA